AUGCUCGAAUCAAACACAAGUGACAAAGUCCGAUCACUCCAUGAGUGGAUGUUCAUGGACCCUGUCAUGACUGGUGGUCAAACACAUCACCUUCCCGAGCUUCAGAACAUUGAGGAGGAAGUGCCAAAAGAGACUGCAAGUGGUGUCAUGGAAGACGACAUCAUUGACAAUGAAGACAAUGCUAGUCUUGACCGUGCGCCCUCAGCGGUAUAUGAUAACCCCUUGGAAGAGGAUUUGCUUGGUCAUGAUGAGAAACACCAAGCGUUCAAUGGAAAGAUACAGUUUCUCGCCGCUCGUUCUGUUCUCAGGCAAGCGGGUACUAUCUUUAUCAUUGCUAGCAAAGCGACCUUCAACAGGUGCCUUGACGAAGCCAUCAAGUUUGUUCACUUGUAUGUCCAUGCUAUCAGGCUCAGGCUGAUCACUCGCGCAGAUGAGUUGUAA